AUGACAUCUGUCCCCCUCCCAGGUGACCGGCUCUUGCAGGUGGAUGGAGUGAGUCUGUGCGGCCUCACCCACAAGCAGGCCGUGCAGUGCCUCAAGGGCUCUGGGCAGGUUGCAAGACUGGUCUUAGAGAGAAGAGGCCCCAGGACUGCACAGCAGUGUCCUUCUGCUAAUGACAGGAUGGGAGAUGAAUGCACGGCUGUUUCCUUGGCAACAGUCUUGCCUGGAAGGCCUGCGAGCAGUGUCUCAGCGACAUAUGGUCCCAGGUUUGAAGUCAAGCUAAAAAAGAACGCCAGUGGUUUGGGAUUCAGUUUCGUGCAGAUGGAGAGUGAACGCUGCGGCCAUCUCAAGAACGAUCUUGUGAGGAUUAAGCGGCUCUUCCCGGGGCAGCCGGCAGAGGAGAAUGGGGCCAUCGCAGCUGGUGACAUUAUCCUGGCUGUGAACGGAAGGCCCACAGAAGGCCUCGACUUCCAGGAGGUGCUGCAUUUACUGCGAGGAGCUUCACAGGAAGUCACGCUCCUGCUUUGCCGACCCCUGCCAGGUGUGCUGCCUGAGAUGGAUCAGGGCUGGCAGACACCUGUGCUCUCAGCAGACAAAGAAUUCACCAGGGCAACAUGCACUGACUCAGAGCAGAGCCCCAGCCUGGAUCAAGAGGACAGCCAGAGGGACAGUGCCUCCGCAGAUGCAGGGGAAGGCCUGGGUCUCAGGCCAGAGUCUUUCCAACAGGUCACCAGAGAGGCACAAUGGGACCAAGACACAGAGAGACCCUGGGCCACUUCCUUGACUCGUCCUCGGGAUUCCUACCCUCAUUUAUUGAGACUUCACCAAGAAAUGGAUGCAUCAACAUUGGCUACCUCUUUCGAAAACGAUAUGAGGCAAAACUGCUAUUCAGUUUGUGAUAUCAGGAGACUUGAAAGAUUCUCCUACUCAUCUUCUCUAACCAGACUCUCGACAGAUAUUUUCUGA